CAUUAAAAUGCCCAGUUACCCGGACAUGGCGUAUUAUGUAAACGCGCCGCAGGAAGUGACGUUUCGUUAAAUAUUACGGAACUGGAGCGCGGCGUCAGUUACCUUAGUGGACACAUCUGACACGGUUAAAACAAAAUUAGCAACUUGCUCAAUGCACAGGAAGCCACGCUGCGAGAGGAAGAGGGGUCAGGAGCGAUCUGGGGUUGAAGCAAAGCCAGGAGAGUCGGUUCCCUGUGGUACCUGUACCACCAUGUGUCCCAUCUCAGAGGUUCGACGGAGGGAAACACAGCGGCGGUUGCACUGCUUCGAGAUGGAACGUGGGACAGAGAAAGAGCGCGUGCCCUGUGCUGAUCUCUCCCGCACUGUUAAAGAGUACUCACGUCCAGCAGCUGGUAAAGAUAGCACCAGAGCCUGUGACCUGCGACCUCCGGAUGUGCUAUUCAAGACAGUGUGUUACUUGGUGGAUGAGAUAGCAGCCUCUCCUACACUUCAUCCCUGGACUGAGGUCUACAGCUUUGUGUUCGACCGUUUGCGCAGUGUGCGGCAGGACAUGAUCAUUCAGCGUGUGUCUGGCUGGGAGUGUGUGGCAGUGCUUGAGAGAACAGUGCGUUUCCACCUCUAUGCAUCAUACCGGCUAUGUGGAGAGCCUCUGCGGCUUUACGACCCACACAUCAACGACAUACAUCUGCAGGAGUGUCUGAGCUGGCUGUUGGAAUGCUAUAGCGAGGGACAGUAUGAGCAUCACGCAGAAUUCCAGGCCCUCAGCCUGCUCUACAACUUGGGUUCCACAAGGACAUUGCAGCGUGCCCUCGAGCUGCCUGAGAGGGUUCGUCUCUCUCCUCCAGUCCAGUUGGCCCUGGCAGUUAAUAGGGCUUAUACGGAGCCCAACCCUGUGCGUCUCCUACGUCUGGCCCAGAAACUGGACUUCAUACAAGCCUGUGCCCUUCACCGACACCUACUCUCCUGCAGGAGAGAUUUGCUGCUGCUCUACAGCCAUGGACACAACAGCCGAAACUGCCGCUUUCCCAUCCAGAAGUUAGCAGAUGUUCUCUCCCUGGACUGUUCACUAGCUGGUCAGCUUUGCCAGGCACAUGGAAUCCAAGUGAGCGGGGACUGCGUUGUCUUCUCUAAAGCCUCCUUUAGCGAGAGCUCAUGUAAAGGGCUGCAGUGUGCACAAAUGCACAAGCUAGUGGAUGACAAGCAACACAACCUUUCAGUUGGCAGCAUCAUUCAUGGCAUUGCCUGAACAUUUUAAAAGGAUGGUUCAGUCAGAGGUACUUAGUUUUUAAAUUUUUAUUUUUUUUAAAUACUGUAAAUAAAUGUACAUGCACACUUAAAAAAGUAUUACUGUGAAUAUACUGCCAUACUCAAAGUAUGAUUUUUGGAAUUUACUAUAUACAUAUCCAUUAAUAAAGCAUUUGUUUUA